AUGCGGAAGUAGAAAUGUUGGACUCCUGAGUCAUCGCAGUUUAAAAUCUGGAGUCAGGAGCAAAGUGCCAACAUCAUCCAGUGUUUCUGUUUUAAAUUCACUUCUGGGACUAAGUUCAAUGGAGGGCUCCGUGUCGAAUGUAGAGAUCUGUAACUUCGCGUACACGGGGCAGUUUGACAAAUUAAGACAGUGCAUUUUGUCAGAUAAAAGACUCGCUUCAAAAACGGAUCAGGACCGGAGGACUGCUCUGCACUGGGCCUGCUCUGCGGGACACACCGCCAUAGUGGAGUUUCUGCUGGACAUGGGAGCUGAUGUCAACCUGCAGGACGAUGCGUCAUGGGCCCCUCUUCACAUCGCGGCUUCAGCAGGCAGAGAAGACAUCGUGCGCUCUCUGAUCUCCAAAGGCGCUCAGCUCAACUCUGUCAAUCAAAAUGGCUGCACGCCUCUUCACUACGCAGCGUCAAAAGACCGAUACGAGAUCGCUCGGGUUCUACUAGAAAACGGAGCCGACCCCAAUGCCACAGACAAGUUGGACUCUACUCCACUUCACCGAGCGGCCGCCAAAGGAAACUACCGCCUCAUCCAGCUCCUGCUCAAACAAAGCGCCUCCACAAACAUCCAGGACUCCCAGGGCAACACGGCUCUUCACCUGGCCUGCGAUGAGGAGCGGGUAGAAGCGGCUAAACUGCUGGUGGAGCAUGGAGCCAGUAUUUACAUUGAGAACAAAGAGGAGAAGACCCCUGUUCAGAUGGCAAAAGGGGCUCUGGGGAACAUUCUGCAGCGGAUCGUGGAGGGAUGAGGCUGUGCUGCUGUUCAAGGGGUCACUGUUAACAAGAUCCAGAGACGGGAUCUGUGUGAUAUUUAACAGGAGGAUGAGCUUUACAAUGACAGAGACGAUGUGACGUAACAAGAGACGCUUGACUCUGGUUUUCUGCACUAUGCCGUGUUUACUGCAGCCGUUUAAACGACAGGAUGUCUAAGUGGCUUUAAUGUUUAAUUAAAAAAAUAACUAAUAAACAAAAUAGGCAGGUUUUCAGUCAUGUCCUCAAAGGUUUUAUGAUUUUUACAUGUUGUAAAGUGUCACGCUUCCAAUAAGUUUACUAACCUCUGCAUUAUAUUUACUUUGCACAACAAGGUGAGUCUAGUACCAGAUUAUUCAACUCAAUAUCAUUGAUUUAAACAACAGAAAAUCAACAAUGAAGCAGACAUUGGUCAAAACAGACAAGUAGAUUCAUGAACAGAAGACAAGGAAAUGGAAAACUCUCCCAGAGCGCCCCCUGUCCUUAGAUCCUUCUUCUUGGCAAGGAAAAACUUAAAAAAAAAAAAAAAAAACACUGGGAAAAAGAACCACAGUGAAGGACAGAUCCACUCCCAUGGACUGAACCAGGACUAAGCCAGGACGGGCUGCAGAUGUGUCCAGGCAGAAGGCAGGACUCUGCAAACUGCGUCUCACACUUAAGCACAGUCAAAUGUGUGGCUCCUCUGAGGCUUCAGUGCAGGUUCUGAAGGGGCCUGUCCAAAAAGCGAUGCUGUGAUACUAGAAAAACACUUUGAAUUGAUUUGAAUGAGUUUUAAAUAAUAGUAAAGUGCUCACUCAUGGUGUGGUGUCUAAUAACGUUGUCAGGUCAGAAAAUCAGAAAAGUAAAAAUGACGUUUAAGUUUACUGAAAAAAAUCACAAAGACAAAAGUGGACCUAAUGACCUAAUAUUUUUAGAAUGGUCAAGUAUUGGUUUUGAAAACAGCAUCAUAUUGUUUUACUCAUGAUAAUUGUGUUUUUAAAUAUUUAUUGAUCAGGCUUUUUAUAAAUCAAGCUGAAGGUUUAGUAUCGUGACAUGUCUGCUUAUUUUAUGAUCCUGUGUAAAUACUGGGGUAGUACAGGACAAUAAAUCAUAAAACUGAGGAAACUUCACUUUAGACUAAACUAAAAACUAAAGUGAAAAGUGAAAGUAAAGAAAAAUGUUAUCAUAAUCAUCUUGAAAUGUCAGAUAUGAGGAACAUUUUUCCCCCAAUCAAAACCCCAUCUUAUGUAAAUCAUAUCAGAGAUGUGUGGGUGUAGUUUCAGAUAUCAGAGAUGUGUGGGUGUAGUUUCAAAUAACUUUAAACAACCAAAUACUCUGUACUGCACAAACAGUUAGGAGGAACAAUAAAAAAAACAAAACUCUCCU